UACAUGUCUAGCUUGCUCAGCUGUUGAAAAUACGCUACCCUAAACUUCUUGUACAGUAUUUUAAUAAUACUUCGGCGCCGAAUUUAUCUUUUCUUUCUUUCCCCACUCAUAUUUUCACUUUAUUUCCCCACCCUUUUUCGCCAAAUGAUUUCUUACAGCACCGAUGAAAGAGAUGGUUAAUGUCUUAUAACCUUGCUGCCUCUGCUGUAUAUAUGUAGUUGUAGUAUAUCCAUUUAUAUAUAUAUAAUAUUAUAUAUUAGCUAUUAAUUAGUGCUUUAUUUCAUGUUUCUUGAAGCUUUGUGAUCAAAGUUUUAAUUUUUAUGAGCUUGAAGUUUAAAUUAAGGGAUUAGCAGGGCAGUUUAAUUCAGGUUUCUUGAAGAUUUUUGAUUGAAGUUUUGAUCUUUAUGAGUUUGAAGUUUCUGUAAGGGGUUUUGGAUUUGUGCUUAGGUUAGUUGUUUCUUCUUUCAUAUUUGUUGAAGUUUUGUGAUCAAAGUUUUGAUCUUUUUGAAUUUGGAGUUUUGGGGGUUUUAGAUUAUUUGUUUAGGGUAGUUUGUUCAAUCUUGAAGUUUUGUCAGUAAAGUUUCAAUCUUUUUGAGUUCAAAGGUUGUUUGGAGUAAGGAUUUUGGAUUUUGGUAUUUGCGAUUACAUUAGGAGGUUUGGAGAUUGUUGGUGGAUGGUAGAAGCUGAUAUAAGUUGAUAUAAGUGGAUAUGUUAUCUGGAAUAGGUAGAAGACCGAUGUUUAGUGGCAAAGAAGGAUCAUUUGGUGAUGGAUUGGAGACGGAGUUAGGUUUUUUGCUCCAUGAACCGAGGCGGCAGGAGUAUGAUGAUCUUGAGAAGGAGCUUAAUAUGUAUAGAAGUGGGUCAGCUCCACCUACUGUUGAGGGUUCAUUGAGUGCAGUUGAUAGGUUGUUUAAUCAUGGAGGUGGUGGAACACCCUUUCCAGAACUCGGGGUUAAUAAAAGUGGAAAUCAGUUUUCCUCUGAGGAAGAGCUUAGGUCUGAUCCUGCUUAUCUGUCUUACUAUUACUCGAAUGUUAAUUUAAAUCCUAGGUUGCCACCUCCUUUGCGUUCUAAAGAGGAUUGGCGAUAUACUCAGAGGUUACAAGGAGGAAGUUCAACCGUGGGAGGGAUUGGAGAUAGGAGGAAAGUAAAUAGAAAUGAUACUGAUGUUGCUGGUGGUGGAGUGUCGCUGUUUUCAAAUCCACCAGGGUUUAACAAUAAGAAACAAGAAAGCGAAGUCGAAUUGGAAUGGGGUGGUGAGGGGCUGAUUGGUUUGCCCGGUUUGGGUUUGGGCAGCAAAAAGAAGAGCCUUGCUGAGAUCUUUCAGGAUGAUGUAGGUCGUGUAACUCCUGGUUCUGGGCACCCUUCUCGUACGCCUAGUCGUAAUACUUUUAGCGAAAAUUUUGACACCUUGGGGUCGGCUGAAGCCGAGCUGGCUCAGCUGCAUCAGGGCUUAUCUUCUGAAGAUAAUUUCGAAUCAGCUUUGAAGUUUCAGAGUUCAUCUGGCGUGAAAAAUGUCAAUGCACAGCCCCCAUCUACAUCAUACUCUUAUGUCGCUGCACUUGGUACUUCAUUGUCAAGAAGCACAACUCCGGAUCCUCAACACACUGCAAGGGCUCCUAGUCCUUGCCCUACUCCCAUCGGUGCUGGGAGAGGUACUGCGGAAAAGAGAAACACAAGUUCUAACUCAUUUCAUGGUGUCUCUUCUCACAUAAGUGAGCCUUUAGACGUGGUAGCAUCUAUGUCUGACAUGAAUUUGUCGAAUGGUGUACAUAAUGCUGAUAAUUAUUUGAAGACUCAGGCUGAAGAACCCACUGAUGACCAAAAAAAGUAUGUUUUCGACAUGCCAGGUGAUCAGAGUAAUAUGAAGCAUCACUCUUACAUGAAUAAAUCUGAGGCAACACAUAUACACGGGUCUUCUCCUAGCCCAACAGAACUUUCCUGCUCCAAGAGCGGUGGCAAUGGUCACGGAGUUGGGAACCCGUCUCUCCAAGCUGACCUGCAUAGUAAUUUUUACCCAGAAGGAUCUCCAGGUUCUGUCCCUUAUAAUGGAGGUGGUUUAAUGCCUCACUAUCAGCAUAUUAAUGGGGCAAAUUUGUCAUAUCCAAACUAUGGUAUAAAUGAGUACUCUAUGAAUUCACCGGUGCAAUCUGUGAUGUCAGGCCAUACUGGCAAUGUUAACAUGCCACCCCUUUUUGAAAAUGCUGCUGCAGCAGCCAUGGCUGUUCCAGUCAUGGAUUCGAGGAUAAUGGGGGGUAAUAUUACUUCGGGAACAAAUUCCAGUUAUGAUGCAUUAGAAUUACAAAAUCUUGGCAGAAUCAGGAACCAGAUGGCCAGUAGUGCUCUUCAGGCACCGUAUGUGGAUCCAUUGUAUCUUCAGUACUUAAGGACAGCUGAGUAUGGUGCAGCACAAGCUGCAUUUCUUAAUGAUCCCACCAUGGACAUAAACUACAUGAGUAAUUCAUACGUGGAUUUGAUUCAAAAAGCUUAUCUUGAGUCUUUGGUAUCACCUCAAAAAUCACAAUAUGGUGUUCCUCUAGGGGGUAAAACUGGUGCAUCUAACCAUCAAGGUUUCUAUGGUAAUCCUGCAUUUGGAGUCUCAUAUCCUGGAAGUCCCUUGUCAAGUCCUGUUAUUCCAAACUCCCCUGUUGGACCUGGUAGUCCAAUGAGGCAUGGUGACAUCAAUAUGCGAUUUACUUCUGGGAUGCGAAAUCUAUCUGGGGGUAUUAUGGGGCCUUGGCACUUAAACUCUGGUAACUUGGAGAAUAGCUUUGCUUUAUCGUUACUGGAAGAGUUCAAAAGUAAUAAAGCUCGAUCUUUUGAACUUUCAGAAAUAUCAGGUCAUGUUGUUGAGUUCAGUGCGGAUCAGUAUGGCAGCCGGUUUAUUCAACAGAAACUCGAAACUGCAACAACAGAUGAGAAAACCAUGGUUUAUAAAGAGCUUUUUCCCCAAGCCCUCACAUUGAUGACUGAUGUUUUUGGCAACUACGUGAUCCAGAAGUUCUUUGAGCAUGGUAUGGCAUCACAAAGAAGAGAAUUGGCAAACAAGCUGAUUGGACAAGUUCUGACACUAAGCUUACAAAUGUAUGGUUGUCGAGUAAUUCAGAAGGCAAUUGAAGUAGUAGAUCUGGACCAGAAAAUUGAAAUGGUUAUGGAGCUUGAUGGUCAUGUUAUGCGCUGUGUGCGUGAUCAGAAUGGGAACCAUGUCAUCCAGAAAUGUAUUGAAUGUGUUCCUGAAGUCCAUAUUCAAUUCAUUAUAUCAUCAUUCUUUGACCAAGUUGUCACCCUCUCCACACAUCCAUAUGGGUGUCGUGUGAUACAGAGGGUACUGGAGCACUGUGAAGAGACCAAAACACAAAGUAAGGUGAUGGAGGAGAUCCUGGGAUGUGUUAGCAUGUUGGCACAAGAUCAGUACGGGAAUUAUGUUAUUCAGCAUGUAUUGGAGCAUGGUAAGCCGCAUGAACGUUCAACUAUAAUCCAGGAAUUAGCUGGGAAGAUAGUUCAAAUGAGCCAGCAAAAGUUUGCUUCAAAUGUUGUUGAGAAAUGUUUAACUUUCGGUAAUUCUAGUGAACGUGAACUUCUAGUUCGGGAGAUACUUGGAACAACUGACGAAAAUGAGCCUCUCCAGGCAAUGAUGAAAGAUCAAUUUGCAAAUUAUGUUGUGCAAAAGGUGCUGGAGAAGUGCAGCGAUGAGGAACGUGAACUGAUUCUAACCCGAGUUAAAAUUCAUUUAGAUGCACUGAAGAAAUACACUUACGGGAAGCAUAUUGUAGCUCGCGUAGAGAAGCUUGUUGCUGCUGGAGAAAGGAGGGGUGCUCAAUCCCAGCAGCACGUGGCAGUAGGGGGCACAGAGAAGGAAGUUGUACAGCUAACCCGAGGCCAGUAUGAGUGACCUCAUUUCCUUCCUUAUCCUGUAUCUAUUGUUGUAUUGCUAAUAAAGGUGUAUAAGUAGAACUCGAAACCUGUAAAUGAUGUAAUUUUGAAGGUGACUUGUAUACUUAAAGAAUACCGUAAUUUGUAAAGUGGCUUGAUGUAGAA